AAAAAUUAUCAUCGUAAUACAUGGGCCAGCGCUUCCCCAAUCCGCUAGCUCACACUUCCUUUCUUAGUCGGGGCUAUAAACCGAGCAAGGGAACUUCACGUGAAACUGUCUCUUUGCCGGAGGAAUGCCUUCCUGUCCACAUAUGAUUACACGCUGGAAGAAGAUGGGUCAGCACUACCUGUGGACCUUGCUCCUUUGCCUGCAAACCUGUCUGGAAGCGGCUGGGAGUGACACAGACAUCCUGCCGGUGACCGGGAUCCUGGGGGAGUCGGUCACUUUCCCCCUAAACAUCCAACAACCACAAGAAGUUAUCAACAUCGCUUGGAAUUCUGAGACGUCUGUUGCUUUCGUCACGCCAGGAGACCCAGGAACAGCACCCAAAGUCACUGUGACCCACCAACAUUACAAUGACCGAAUAAACGUCUCCCGCCAGAACUACAACCUGGAGAUCAGUAAUCUGGGGGUGGAAGAUUCGGGCAUCUACAGGGCUGACAUAAAUCUGAAGACGGCUGAAACGACGGUCACAACCACCAGGCGCUACAACCUGCAAGUCUAUCGUCGACUUGGGAAGCCAAAGAUUACUCAGAGUUUAAUGGCAUCUGUCAACAGCACCUGUAAUGUCACACUGACGUGUUCUGUGGAAGAGGAAGAAAAGAAUGUCACAUACAGCUGGAGCCCCUUGGGGGAAGAGGGUAACGUCGUUCGAAUCUUCCAGACCCCUGACAACCAAGAGCUGACUUACACAUGCACAGCCUGGAACCCUGUCAGCAACAGCUCCGACUCCAUCUUGGCCCGACAGCUCUGUGCAGACGCGGCAGCGGGCCUCCGUCCCCGCCACACUGGGCUGCUGAGCGGGCUGGCCGUGCUCUUUCUGUUUGUUGUCAUUGUGCCUUCAGUGCUUCUGUGCCUUCUGUGCAAAAGAGGACAAGGUUCCUACCUGAAGACCUCCAGGAAGAACUCUGAUGCCAUCUCGAGGAAAACGAUAUACGCUUACGUCAUGGUCACGAGAGAUGCCCCACCAGCAGAGGGCAGAAUCUAUGAUGAAAUCCCCCAGUCCAAGGAGCGUCCCGCCAAGGAGGAACCCGUGAACGGGAUUUAUUCCACACGGCAGUCUGAGAAGAUGGGGAAGACCAGCACUCAGGACGGCAAACCUCCUGGGACUUCAACCUAUGAAAAUGUGAUCUAGGCUCCUGGACGGCAUUCCCUCUACGGACACUGAGCUUCCCACAUCAUGUGUUCCAGCAGAUGCCCCAGACCCAGACUCCCUCUGUUCGGAUCUUACCUGGAGAUAGCAAACCAUCACCCCAAUACGGGACUUUUCGUGACUGGAGGUGAUGACCCUUCCCAGCAACCCCAUAUGUAGAAAGGAUUGAUGUUUCACGCACCGCCUGGGAUGCCCUGACCACGUUCAGUGUCCGGGAGGGGCCCCGGUGCACGGCCUCCACGGUCCACACAGCACCUUGGGCAAAUUAGGCAAAAACCCCCUUUUCCGGAGGCGGAUACAGCCCCUCCCAAGUGUGUGGCUUGACAAGUAGAGGGUGGGCUGCAUUUCAGCCUCCGCUUGCCCCUCUGCCGGGGAACUUUUGUGCAGGGGACAGCUGGCUGGACCAGCCCAACCAACCACAUGUGACGGUGUCGCCUGGGAAGCCAUUGGAGGGGUCUCUCUCCACUGUGCAGACGCACCCUCCAAAUGGAGUGUUGGAAAGUGGUCUUUCUGUAGGGACGAGGUGGUUGGGGCAUAUUUCUUCAGGCUGUACUUCAGAAGCCUCUUCAGCUUUUCUUUCUAGCCAAGCUUUCCACGUGACUGGGCGCUUGAGUGCCCAGAUAUUAACAUUAUUCUAGGGGUAUCCACGAGGGUGUUCCUGGAUGAGAUUAACAUUUGGAUUGGUAGACCGAGUAAAGUAGGUUAAUCCCCACUCCAGUACGGGCGCCCAAAACCAAAUCCAUCAAGAGCCUGGGUAGAAGAAGGCAGAGUAAAGGAGAAUUCGUUCUCUCUGCCUGACCGUCUUGGAGCUGGGACAUCAGUGCUCCUGCCCUAGGAUUUGGAUUUGGAUUUGGAUUUGGACUGGAGCUUUCACCAUCAGCUCUCCAGCUGGCUGACUGCAGACCUGGGGAUUUCUCAGUCUUCAUCACCACUCAAGCCAGCUCCUUGUUGUAUAUAUCGCUUUCCUGUUGGUCCCGUUUCUCUGCAGAGCCAGACUAACACCUAUUCCAAGCAGCGUCAGGAGGAAAGACCAUACCCAGUAUCCUACUGGCCAAAAGGAAUUGACUGGCUAUAUUUCUGGCACUUUAGGAGAACUGAGUACAACCCAACCAUCGAAACAAUCUCCAGUCAAAUUAAUCAUGGCUUU